AUGAGUAAAACCAAAACAAAGCGCGCGCGUCGCGAACUCAAACGCGACGGGAAUCGAAAAAUCGCCGCCUUCCACCGCAAAGCCGCAAAGGAUGCCCCCGUCCCCGCCUCGACGCUCAAACCAGGCGCAAAGAAGCAGAAGAUGAACACACCAGACGCGAAACCCCAGCCCGCGCCCAAGCCGCCCGUUCAAGCAUCGCAAAAACACGAACCCCCCUUUAGUGAAUACGACCACAUCCUGCUGGUCGGCGAAGGCGAUUUCAGCUUCGCGCGCUCCCUCGUGCACGAACACGGCUGCGCAAACGUGACAGCCACCAGCCUCGACAGCGAGGAAGAAGUGCAGCAAAAGUACCCAAAUUUCAAGGUAAUUCACGCUGAACUCAGCGCCCUUGCGCCUCCCGUGCCAUUGCACCACGGCAUCGACGCGACAAAACUCUCCACCUACAAGCCCCUACGCUGUGAACGAGACGACGAGGACGGAGAACAGGGCUGGGACACAAUAUGUUUCCAGUUCCCACAUACUGGCGGCCUGUCCACGGAUGUCAAUCGGCAAGUGCGCGCCAACCAGGCCUUACUGGUUGACUUCUUCAAAUCUUGUCUCGAGAUUACGGACCCGAAGAAGAGACUGCAGAUCCGGCAAGCGCAGCGGAAUAAGAAUUUGGUGCAAAAACGGAUACCGUGCUAUUUGAAGAUGGGCGGUAGGAUCGUCGUCACGCUGUUUGAGGGAGAGCCGUAUACGCUGUGGAAUGUGCGCGAUCUAGCACGGCACGCCGGACUCAAGGUCGUCGAGAGUUCAAGGUUCGACUGGGAUAUGUAUCCUGGGUAUAAGCAUGUGAGGACCUUGGGAACGAUUGAGGGGGGUGGGGCAUGGAAGGGCGAGGACCGGGAUGCGAGGAUGUACGUGUUUGAGAAGAUACCAUUGCAGCCGGACACGGACGAGGAGAGGGAGAUACAGAAGCGUAAGAAGGAGGGCGGCAAGAAGCAGCCAUUCAAGAGCAACAAGAGGGUAAGAGAUGCAGACAGCGAUGGAGACGAGCGUUAG